AAAGAUGGCAGCCAAUGUCAGCAAAUUAAACAUGGCUCGAUUAAGAAGUUCAGUGUUUUCAGUGUUCCAGUUUGACCUCCUCCGUCAAUUACUCUGCGUCCUGGUGGCUGUUUGUGUUCUGACGCAGCAGUCGCUGGCAGACCAGCAGGAGUUUCUCGAGGACUUUCUGAAGCGGGAGUAUUCUCUGGUGAAACCGUAUCGAGGACUGGGCUUCUCCAGCUCCUCCCAAUGGGACCUGAUGGGAACGGCCAUGGUGACACCUGACCAUGUGAGGCUGACCCCAGACCAGCAGAGCAGACAGGGAGCGGUGUGGAGCCGGAUCCCAUUCGUUUUGAGGGAUUGGGAACUCAGAGUUCACUUUAAAAUCCAUGGCAUUGGAAAAAAAAACCUAAAUGGAGAUGGACUUGCCAUCUGGCUUACCAGAGAUCGCAUGGAGAAUGGUCCCGUUUUCGGCAACAAGAACCAAUUUGUUGGACUUGGAAUAUUUGUGGACACUUACCCAAACGCAGAUAAGACCCAUGAUAGGACCUUUCCGUACGUCUCGGUAAUGCUGGGAAACGGAACUUUGAUGUAUGACCACGACCGUGACGGGCGAACCACCGAGCUCGGCGGAUGCACGGCCAUGACGCGCAAUUCCAUUUAUGACACCUUCCUGCUGGUCAGAUACUCCAAAAACAAAUUAACGCUCAUGGUGGAUGUGGACGGGAAACAGGAAUGGAGAGACUGUGCUGAAGUCAAUGGGCUGAGGCUUCCCACUGGAUACUUCCUGGGUGCCUCCUCUGCUACUGGAGACUUGUCAGAUAACCACGACGUCAUCUCAAUGAAAGUGUACCAGCUCACUGUAGAGAGGACUCCAGAGGAAGAGGAGGAAGAGGAAGAGAUGGUCACUAUCCCUCGGGUGGACAACAUGUACCAGUUUCAAGUGGACGUGGAGGAGGAGGGGAUGAGUGGGCUGCAGCUGUUCUUCACCCUGCUGUUCUCCGUCCUGGGCCUGGCGGUGCUGGCCGUGGUGGGACUGGUGCUUUACGGCCGCUGGAAGGAAAACAAGCGCAAACGCUUCUACUGAGAGGCGCUGCUUCUCAGAACACAGGUCCUCAGUGCACAUUAGAUCAACUAGAGACUGCCGUGCUGUGACUGGAACUCGGACUGACAACCUUAUGGGUCGAACAUGGAGAGAACACGAGUGGAUGGACAGAUAAGUCGGGUGGACAGUGUUUUUAUAUAUAUAUAUUUUUCCUUUAAGUUCUCUGGAGGAUGUGAAGGUCUCAGCAGAUUAUCUGCUGAGUGAGACUCUGUCCUCACCAACAGGAGGCAACAAAAGAAUCAAGUUUCAAAUUGCUGUGUGGACGUCACUGACAUCAUGAUACGGGAGUUUGGAGAUGAGGUGGGGGUUGCUCUUCAGUCACUUGACAGGUUGCACCUGGAAACAAAGUAAAGAGUAAAACUGAGGAACUUCAGGUUGUUCCUGCAUUAUAACAGAAAACAUUUGUCUUGUUGCAGUCCUGUUAAAGUAGCUACCGUCUACCUGCAGCUGUUAUCACUGCUAUUUGGUGUCUGAAACUCAAACUAAAGACUAAUCUGACAGCACCAACAGCAGAGCAGACUUUUACAGUCUUAAAAGAACAACAUGGACAGAAAGUAAUGCUGAGGUCUAAAGCAAUGAACCACCAAUCAUCUUCCUGUGGGAAACACGGACAAAUGUCUGAUAGGAAAGGAAAGCAGUGUAAAUAUAAGCAUUGCUUUGCUGUUACACCAAGCAGGAAGUUUGACCCUAAACAUGUUCCGUUCUCAGCAGGACAUUUAUUGGUGACGCACCACCGUCAACCUCUACUUCCUGUGUAAGUCAUUGGUUUCUCAGUUAGUAGCUCUGAAAGUGAAAGGGUUGUAAUAAUGAGAUGGUUCCAGCCUCCUGGAUUUAUCUAAAUGGACAUGCCAGCAAAUGUUUACCUACUGCCUGUGUUUUAAGCAGACUGUAUCUUUCCGUCCUCUGUUCUCACUGCCAGUUUCAACAGGAAAAUCGUUGGUGAAGCAAGGUCACAAAAAAAUCUGAACUAUCUCUUUAAGUUCCUGUAUUAUGUUGAGUGUAAAUUUAGCUCCAGUUUUUAUAUCUGUGACAUCACAAAUCUAAUUAUCCGAUCAGUAGACAGAUUGAGUGAUUUAAAUAAUUCUGUAAGCAGUUGCUAUCCUUUGAUUGGAAAACUAGGUUUAGCAUUAAGUCCAGGCUGUCCAAUCAGUUAGAGGUGUGAAAACAUCAGAAGUAUUCAGAGCACAGGAGUUCCAGAAAAAGUAAUUCCUCUGAAAAAAAAAAAAAAAAAAAGUUUUCUCGAGUUUCACUAAAGUUCCUCUGUUUACUACAGAAACUCCUCAAGGACAUGAAGGGAUUUCUUUUUUUCUGUUUUUUAACAAUACCUAGCAAAAAUAUUAGUUUCCCUCCCAAAUUUUUGCGUUCUCUCGCAAUAAUGUAAGAAUCAGUUCAUGUUGAAUCUUGAAUACUGAAAGCUUUUCUACUACAAUAUAAGGGUUUUGUAAGGUUCUGUUAAUAUCUCAUUUCUGAGAUAUCUCAACAUUUAAACCUUUUUCUUCAGGAUAGAAACGAACACGGGUUUUCAUUCAAAACAGAAACUUUCCUUAAGAAAGAAAAACUACACCCAAAGUAUUUGAACUAUUUUUAAGUUAUUUUCAUGGCGUAAUGAAGUCAUCUGACAUUAUGACAUAUGUUGGUAAUGUGGUUAAUAAAGGGCCGUUUUCAUGUGCAAUCCCAUCUCAAACACAAGCAACCAGUUUCUGCACCCAUCAGUUAAGAAUGUAGGUUUUCACUGCACAUGCAUAUAUGUGCAAUUUUAUUGACAUUUGUUAUACCAUAUUUUCCAGACUAUAGAGUGCACCUUACGAUACGCCACACCUGCAAAUAUUUUGAAAAACACUGGAAACGUACAUUUAUAAGCCGCUCCGGGCUCUAUUUCCCUCCUGUACUGCCAGAUCGAUAGCCCUCAACUUAAAAGCGGCAUCUUCUUCAUUGUGUGGUUUCCAUGAUGAACGGGUAUGAAUUUGAAGAAAUUUCUCUGUCGUGCCUGCUGCUAGCAUGUGCUUGUUCUAAACAAAAAUUUGCACUGUCUUCCAAUUUCCAAUUUUGACUUCCAAUGAUUAAUUUCCUGCUAAAGAGCCCUGUAGCGGUUGAAAAAUAUUCCACAGAAAAGCAGCACCAGGCUAUAAGCUGCAUGGUUCAAACCAUGGGAAAAAAGUAGUUUAUAGUAUGAAAAAUAUGGUAAUUAUGACUAUACAAAUUAGGCCAGGGUGUAUUUGCUAAUUUAUUGUGAGAGAAUGCAAUAUCUUUGUGACUCAAUCCACAAGUCAAAAUGUCCCCUGGCGGACUCCGCAGUUUUCUCUUUAGUUCAGAUAUUUUUUGUCUUUGCUGAUCUCAACUCUUUUUCAAACAGGCAUCAUAUUCAGGAACCGGCUGACUUUCCAGCUGCUGUCUAUGAAAAAAUGUAUGUACAAGCUAGUAUUCUUAACGCUGCUAAGAAAUGAGACUCAUUCAAAAAAAAAAAAAGCAUACUUUUCACUGGUUCCCUGUGACGCACUUAAGCAGACACAUCCACAGACGGGAACAGGACCCAUCAAAUGACUUUGUUUGAGAUUAUCCACUCUAGUUUCCUCCAGUCCUUGUUUUGCUCAUCCAAUCAAGCCAGCAGUCUUCAUUUCAACCUGCAGAACGUAACGGCCCAUUUCACUUUUACCUCCACAUUAAUCUGAAAUGUAGCUGCUAUGACAAAACCGCCAAGCUGUGGAUUGUUGCUGGAGUCUUUGUUGAAGUGCCUCAUUAGGACCAGUAAAGACAGUCCUGUCCGUCUGUAGCUUUAACCUGUUGUUUCUAGAUACAGGGGCGUCCAAACUGUGGCUUGGUGGUGCUUUGCAGUUUCUAAAUGACACAAAUUUGACUUUUUUUUUUUUUUUUUUUUAAAGGAGAAAAAAAAAUUGAAAAGAAAAAAAAGUCAAUUAGUGUGUCAUACAUUUUUAAUUGAUCCAUAAAUUAAAAAAAUAAGACACCCCACAAAGUAUUCAUCUUUUCCUAACUAAGCUUUCUGGACCACAUCUACCCACUGACUGGUACACAAAAGCUGCUUUUAAUUAUACUAUUAAAACUUGGCCAAAUUUAUCAAGUGUUUUAAAAAUAAACAGGGACCUCUCAUGUUGUUAUUGCUGGGAAUCAGCUAAAUCUUUCAGUUUUCUUAAAUUAAGAAAACUUGAGAAAGUCCUUGUAUUAAGAUUGUAGGCUACACCUACAAAUAUUUUGAAAAACACUGGAAACUUACAUAAUAUAGCUCAAAUUAUUUUAUUUAUAUUAUAAUACCAAUAGAGUGAGAAUGGGUACAUAAUCCAGCAUGUUUAACAUCAGCAUUUUCUUAGCCGAUAAAAGACGCAUUUUAAAUGAUUGACCACAUUUGUGACAUACAACAAAUCUGACUCUUAUUAAAUUUAAAUAUUUAGUGCUUUGUUUAUUUGAUUUUUGAAAAUUUGAUUUUCCUUUAAAAUCAUUUUGUUUUUUGACCCAUUUUUGCUAAAUGUUUGGACGCCCCUUGUUUAUGUGAUUUGACAGAGACUUUUCCCGACUAUCAUUUUGAAAUCAGUUUUAUUUUUGUGGAUGAAAGCAAUGCUAUUUAUCACACAACAUGACGACAGUUCUGUCCACGAGAACCUCGUAGGAGGUCCUGGAGAUCCAGUGAGAGGAACUUCAGCAGACUCACAGGCCAUCAGAUUUUUGUUUUCAUUUUUCUAUGCAGAUACAAAUGUUUUUGCAUUUUUGAGCCAUUUACCUCAAUCAUUCAUUUCAGUGUGAACCAAUUACUUCAAAUGUCAGUAAAUUAAUUAAUGCUGACACUGAUCUUGCCAUUAAAGUUUCUAUUCUUCCCUUAA